CGCGCAGGGGGCGCUGGGGGCCCGUGGUGCUUUGCCCGGCGCCAUCCCCGGAUCCCGGCCGUCCCAUUCCCGGCCCCCGUGUCACCCCGCGGCGCUCCGGGUCGGCGGAGCCAGCGGCCGCCUUUCCCUCGGGAGACGCCCCUGAGGCUCUGGGAAGAUGCAGUUUUUUGGGCGGCUGCUGGACACGUUCAGCAGCGUCUCGCAGAUAUUCGCGAACCCGUACCGCGUGAGGGAGGUGCCGGCCGCCGAGUACGCCGGGCACAGCUGCCUGCAGGAGGAGGGCCGGGUGGCCCUCUACAAGAACGGCCUGUCUCGCUCCUGGGACUGCUUGCUGGUGAAUCCGCAGAGCCCGCAGGUGGCGUUCCGGCUCUUCCAGCUGGACAACGAAGCAGACGCCCUGGAGUACUUUGAGCAAUAUGCCCGGCAGCUGCGCCCUUUCUACGAGAGCUCGUGCCAGCCCUUGUCCCUGGAGGAGCUGCAGCAGCUCAGCGACUGCAUCCGCAGCUACCCCGGCUGGUCCCCGGCACACCUGGCCGUGGAGUUCGGCCGCCGGGAGAGCUUCCGGCACAACCGCAUCCUGAGCUGUGUGAACAGCACGGCCAGCGAGGAUGGCUGCACCCCGCUGCACCUGGCGUGCCGCAAGGGGGACGUGGAGUGCCUGCUGGAGCUGCUGGAGUGCCACGCGCUCGUGGACAUCACCGACAGCAACGGGGAGACUGCUUUCCACUACGCUGUGCGGGGAAACAACCCCCAGAUCAUUGAGCUCCUGGGCAGAGCCGCAACUACUGGCUUGGACCACCUGAGCCAUGAAGGGCUGACAGCUCUGCACCUUGCGUGCCAGCUGGGCAAGGAGGACAUGGUUCGCUCCCUGCUGAAGUGCCGUGCCAGCUGCUGCGUCGUGGGCACGCUGGGCUACCCCAUCCACACGGCACUGAAGUUCUCCCAGAAGGGGUGUGCCCAGGCCAUUCUCGAGGCAGAUGCCAGCCAGGUUUGCUCCAAGGACCCGCGCUAUGAUGCCACUCCACUGCACUGGGCAAAGAAGGCAGAGAUGACGCGGCUGCUGCUGGAGUACGGCUCCGAGGUGAACGCGAGCAGCCGCACGGCCGACAUGGCUCUGCACAUCGCGGUGCAGAGGGGCCGCCUGGACUGCGCCAUGGCGCUGCUGACGCACGGCGCCCACACCAACGCCCGCGGGCGCGACGGCAACACACCGCUGCACCUGGCCAUGAAGCAUGACCACCUGGAUAUGAUCAAAGCAAUCAUCGUCUUCGGAGGAGAUGUUGAGAUCCCCAAUGAUUUUGGGGAGACACCAGGAUUGUUGGCAGCCAGGAGCAGCAAAGGUGCGAACCGGAAAGUGCUCUUAGACCUGCUGCAAACUGUAGGGACCGAGCGCUGCCACCCACCACCCAACCCUGACUCCCCAAGCCUGGCACCAUCUGCUGCCUCCUUCCUGGAAGGCCAACCUUCCUCGCGGAGCAACCUCAACAGCUUAGGGUACGAGGACCUUCUCUAUAUUUCCACAACACUCGGACAGUUGUUGAAGGCACCAGAUGUUGUGGACAUGCCCAGUGAGGCUAGAAGAAAUCAGGACCGGCUCCUGUGCUUGGAUGGAGGGGGUAUCCGUGGCCUUGUGCUCAUCCAGCUUCUCCUGGCUAUUGAAAAGGCCGCAGGCCGUCCCAUUCGUGAGAUUUUUGACUGGAUUGCGGGGACCAGCACUGGAGGGAUCUUGGCCUUGGCUAUUGUACAUGGGAAGUCCAUGGACUACAUGCGCUGCCUGUACUUCCGCAUGAAGGACAUGGUGUUCCAGGGCUCUCGGCCCUACAAGUCGGAGCCCCUGGAUGAGUUCUUGAAGAAGGAAUUUGGGGAAAACACCAAAAUGACAGAUGUCCGAAAACCCAAGGUUAUGGUGACGGGGACACUGUGUGACCGACAGCCAGCUGAGCUCCACCUUUUCCGGAAUUACCCUGUACCAGAAACAAAACGCUCCACUGAAUACGAGACAAGUGCAUCUUUCCAGCCACUCACUCAGCCAGAAGAGCAGCUGGUGUGGCGCGCUGCCCGCUGCAGCGGUGCAGCUCCCACUUAUUUCCGGCCCAUUGGCCGCUUCCUGGAUGGAGGGCUGCUGGCCAACAACCCCACCCUCGAUGCCAUGGCAGAGAUCCACGAGUACAACAAGACACUGAUCAAAAAGGCUCAGCCCGCAGCUGCACACGGAGGUGAUGCUGGACGAGGUGAACGACGCUGUGCUGGUGAACGCCCUCUGGGACACCCAGCUCUACAUCUACCAGCAGCGGGAGCAGCUGGAGCAGCUGGUGCAGCAUCUCUGCCCGUGACUGACCUGCAGGCUCCCACUCUACCUGCUGAAGGCAAGGAGCAGCAGACGCUGAAAUCGCUCAGAUUUGCCCUUGAGCCAAGGUGUCGAGGUGGGGGACAGACGUGUAAUAAUCGAGAGGAAUUAAUAUUGAAUAGACAACAGUGCACAUACACAUGUUUUCCCAGACACAGAAUGUAUGACGUGUAUGAUAGCUGUGAAACGCUGACAGUUAUCUUUGUGCUGUAACCCCAUCUCUGCUGCUGUGCUUGGUUUUGCUGCCCUGCUCUCUGACCCAGAAUCCAGAGCCCUCACCAACUUAUCUUGAGCUGUAGCAGCUGGAAUGUCUCCUGUCUGUGCAGUACCUCCUCUGACAAAGCACCGUGCACCUUCCUAAGUCACAGAAUGGGCCUAGGCCUGGUAAAGCUUCAGGGAUUGCUUGACCUACUGGGCCCAAGGUAUUUCAGAGUGUAUAGUAUGGGGAAAAAGGAUUAUUUUUUUCUCAACACCCCCAGUUUGAAGGAGAGCAGAAAUGCUGCAACUUUUUGCAGUAGAUACAACGCAGAAAGUUACAACUGGCCUUGGAGAAGGGCAAGCCUUUCCUGAGACAGCUGUCUGCUGCAACAGCUUCUCCUUUUCCCUCUGGGAUGGGCUGGCAACACUGUGCCUGGAGAGGGAGCAGCCUCCCCCUGCCAGGACUCUGUUGUGCCACUGAUUUGCUGUGUUACACUUUGCUCAGGGGCUGAGAUGUGAAAGCCUGUCUUUACAGCAAGCUCAGUGGAAGGGAUAAGAGCCUUGGCUUUGUAGAGAUAUCAUUUCUCUUUAUUCUUAACGUGAAACUGAAAUGCUCUGACAUCAGUUCCCACCAAAGAAGCCAACCCUGUGACAAUUUGGAUUUACUUUUCUAUUAUGACUGGCAGUUCUACUGUGAUUGCUACACCAGUUGUUGUUUCUGCAGUAAUUUUUGCAUAUUUAUAAAUAAUUUAUGUAUCAAUUUGGAGGUGUUUUGAGGAGUAACCAGAAAAACUGAAUUUUCUUUUGAGUGAAUGGACUGCUGCUGCCUGUUUCUGUGAGAAACUGACAUGUCCUAAAAUAAAGGGGGAUUUGCAUUUGGUUCCAA